CUUUCUUCUCUAAGUACUUAAUUACAUUUAAUAUAUAUUUACUUAUUUUAGAAAAAAUUUUGGUUUAUAAGUGUAUACGUAGGUAACGUAUUUAAGUGUAUGCUUCUAAAUAUACUUUUUGCUAUACGUUGUGUGUUUGAAGCACACGUGUUUUGUUGUUGUUAUUGCGUCCAACGUUCCGAUCGAAUAAAUGCGUCCAAACUCAAAGUGAACAUUUAAUUAGAUUUAAAAAAAGCACUGCACACAGCUGUGCAAUUAUGUCAAUAUUGAGGACUGUUAGAAGAUGUUUAAAGAAACUCGCUCAGCCUGCUGUUUCUCCUCACUUGUGCAUUAACGCUGCCAGUACAACUACUGACAUGGCCAAUGCUUCUGGAGUUUCUGAUGCAGCUACCAAACAGAAAAGGAUUGUCUGGGUUGAUAUGGAGAUGACAGGGUUAGAUCCAGAGACACAUAAGAUUCUAGAAGUUGCUUGCUUUAUUACAGAUGAAAAUUUAAAAAUCAUUAGCGAAGAAUUUCAUAAAGUCCUGCAUCAGCCAGAAAGCGAACUUCAAAAAAUGGACCAAUGGUGUCAAAAAGUCCAUACCAAGUCUGGUCUGGUGAAGAAGGUGGAAGAAAGUAAAAUAACUGAAAAACAAGUUGACGAAGAGCUUUUGUUUUUCAUGAUGAAAUACAUACCAAAGGGAAAGUGUCCAAUGGCUGGAAAUUCAGUUUAUAUGGACAGAUUAUUCCUUCGCAAAUUCAUGCCUUCAGCAAACGAUUACAUGCAUUAUCGGAUAAUCGAUGUUUCCUCGAUCAAAGAAGUCGUCAAACGUUGGAAACCUGAAGUUUAUGAACAGGCUCCUAAAAAACUAGGAUCUCACGAAGCAGUUGAAGACAUUAAACUUAGUAUAGCUGAAUUAGAUUAUUAUAGGGCACAUAUUUUUAUGAAUAGUAAUUUAAUUUCAUAAACUCCAUGGGAACAAAAUUUUAAUUUCACGAGCUUUUAAA